AUGAUAAUGGAAAUCAGAGGGGCCUGGGUUUGGGGGCCGGUCUGGGGGAAGUGCGGGGGGUGGGCCCCCCGGAAGUCGUGCACCCUCCUCGACCCGGACCGAGCCGCCCUCCGGGGCCCGGGUCGUCCACCCGCGUCCCACGCGGGAUCGGCCGUCCCCGUCGGGGUCCCCUGGCGUCCCCCGCGCGGGAGGAAGAUUCCCGGGGGGCCGCGUCCCCCCCCCGGGGGCGGCGGGCGUGCGCGGAGGCCGGCCGGUGGGACCGUUCCCCCUUCCCAGUUCCCCGAGGCGCGUAAAUUCCCCGGGGGCGGGGGCUCCCCUCGUGGGAGCCGGCCUGAGGCAGGACCGCGCCGCGCUCGCAGAAUUCUCAGACAACUGCGGGGAGGGCUGCUGGUCUUUUUUCUGGUGGCUUUUAAACCUGUGCGUGCCGCAGACUGGAAUCUGCGCCUCCCGUCCGUCCCACUUGGAGCGUCUCCCCCAGCUGAUGGUGAGACUAUUCUGAAAGGCCUCCAGUCCAUUUUCCAGGAGCAGGGGAUGACGGAGUCAGUGCACACCUGGCAGGACCAUGGCUAUUUGGCAACAUACAUAAACAAAAAUGGCAGCUUUGCCAAUUUGAGAAUUUACCCGCAUGGAUUGGUGUUGCUGGAUCUUCAGAGUUACGACGGCGAUGCACAAGGCAAAGAAGUCGAUAGUCUUUUGAACAAAGUAGAAGAAAGAAUGAAAGAAUUGAGUCAGGACAGUACUGAGCGGGUAAAGCGAUUACCACCCAUAGUUCGAGGAGGGGCCAUCGACAGAUACUGGCCCACUGCGGAUGGCCGCCUGGUUGAGUACGACAUAGAUAAAGUGGUGUAUGAUGAAGACUCACCUUACCAGAACAUUAAAAUUUUACAUUCAAAGCAAUUUGGGAAUAUUCUCAUCCUCAGUGGAGAUGUUAAUUUGGCGGAAAGUGAUUUGGCGUAUACCCGGGCCAUCAUGGGCAGUGGCAAAGAAGAUUACAGUGGCAAAGAUGUACUGAUUCUGGGAGGUGGAGAUGGGGGCAUAUUAUGUGAAAUAGUCAAACUGAAACCAAAGAUGGUGACUAUGGUAGAGAUUGACCAAAUGGUGAUUGACGGAUGUAAGAAAUACAUGCGAAAAACGUGUGGUGAUGUCUUAGACAAUCUUAAAGGAGACUGCUAUCAGGUUCUAAUAGAAGACUGUAUUCCAGUACUGAAGAGGUACGCCAAAGAAGGGAGAGAGUUUGAUUAUGUGAUAAAUGAUUUGACAGCUGUUCCAAUCUCCACAUCUCCAGAAGAAGAUUCCACUUGGGAGUUUCUCAGACUGAUUCUUGACCUCUCAAUGAAAGUACUGAAACAGGAUGGGAAAUAUUUUACACAGGGGAACUGUGUCAAUUUGACAGAAGCCCUGUCACUCUAUGAAGAACAGCUGGGGCGCCUGUAUUGUCCUGUGGAAUUCUCGAAGGAGAUCGUCUGUGUCCCUUCGUACUUGGAAUUGUGGGUAUUUUACACUGUUUGGAAGAAAGCUAAACCUUGAAAAUCAGUGUCCCCGAGUCACGUGUGCUGCAAAUAGCCUUCCUGACCUUUCUAUGCUGUGCGUGAAAUCGAAACAAGUCAGGCAAUUGAUUGUGAAUUCCUUCACGUUUCCUCUUUUUAAUUAUUUUUUUUAAUUUAAAAGUCAAAUGGAAAAAAUGUAUAUUUUGAUGACCUAGGAUGAUUAGACAGCACAGUGAAGGCUGCUAAAUGCACUGAACCCCUAGAAUGUGAUUUUUGUUUUUGUUUCUGUUUUUCUGUGUGGGCUUUUUUUGUUUUGUUUUGUUUUGUUUUCAUUUUGGUAGACUUUGAAUUUGGUCAUUUGGAGGAGUGCAUAUCAUUGUUUUCUUCUGGAGGGGAGUUCUUCAUGGAGUUUCUUUCCCCCCAAAUUGAUAUAGAUAUUAAAAUUUGGUGCUUAUGAGGAAAGACUUUAAAAAUGAAUAGCAACGCUUCGAUUAAAAUUACAAAUGAGAAA